CCGCCCGAUCGUUGCAGCUGUGUUUAGUAUUGUCAAUAUCGUGCGCGUGAUCAUCAAAUAUUUACGCACGCACCGAUGGAUUCGCAAAACAUCGACUCGGAGGAUUUUAUUAAUGAAGUGAGGAAGCAUCCCGAAAUAUGGGACAUAAACUGUGACGACUACAGGUAUCCUAAGAGGAGACAGCGGGCGUGGGCCAAAGUGGCCAGCGCGUUCUUAGUAAAUUUUGAAUACAUGCCGAGCAGUGAGAAAACCAUUAUUCAAAAGAGGCUAAACGACAAAUGGCGGAAUAUCAGAGACUCGUACGUAAAAUCGAAGAGGAUAAACCAAAAGAAAUUAUAUAUGUAUUCAGCCUAUUUGUAUUUUCUCGACGAUAUCUACAAGGACGGCGAGGACACUGGCAACGAGGAAACGCCAAAGAUAAAAAUGAUAAAAAAAGAAAAGCGCCAUUACGAUGAUUCGAACGAAGCGUGGCCUAGCGACGAUUCAAAUUUGGAAUCGAAAAGGAAGAAAAUAGACAGCAGCAUGGAAUUCGUGGACUUCCCGGAGAUGGCGCUACCGUGCAGUACGGUCUUGGCAGAGGACGACGAUGACCAUUCCUUUUUCAAUUGUUUAUUACCCGCCGUGAGACAGUUCAGUAUGGAUCAGAAAUUAGAAUUUCGCAGUGAAGUUAUUGACAUAAUAAAAAAGAUUAGAGCUGCUGACACUGCGAGUUAAUACUCCUAAAAAAUAUGAAUCAAAAUUCUAUUUUUGCAUUUACGGGUAGGUACUUACGUUAUUGUAAGACAGACAAUAAAAAUAAUAGAAGAAGAAGACAAUUAUAACGAAAAG